AUUUACAAGAUUAACAGUCGUUUGUUUACUUUAAAUUUAAAACAAAGUAUAGAAGACUUUAAAAAAUAAAAAAAAUGAAAGCAUUGAUUUUACUUGCAUUUUUCGUUGGAUGCAAUGGGUAUUCCUACAUUAUUCCAGCUAGUUUCAGAACUCCUGGAAUUUGUUUCUUUAAUGGACGUAUUUUGCCAAAGGGUAACAGUCAGGUGCCAAUGGUAUGUCAAAAUACCAACUGUCGUGAUGAUGGAUCAAUUGUGGUUGACGGAUGCGGACGCAUUUCGCUUCCAAAUUGCACAUUGAUCGAAGACAAAAGUUCUAUGAAAUCGUAUCCUGACUGUUGUGAAAUGACUUAUCAGUGCGUUGAUCCUAAUGGAAUCACUUACACUAAGGAAUGGAAUCAAUUGUAUCCUAACCCUAGCCCACCGGCGGCGGAGGAAAAUUCUGAUGGUCAAAUAGUUCCAUCUGAAAAAGAACCGAAACAGGAUUACAAAAUGGUGUCACCUUUUCUCCUGCAGCUAAUGUUGUUUGUAUAAGGUAGGAACGCCAAAUAAG